AUGGCAGAUGUGUUACUUGUCCAUGAUGAUAUCAAAUUAUAUACUACCUCCGAUAAGUUCUUUCUAGAGCCACACAUUAAUCCUACUGAGGUCUUAGUAAUUGAUAGAAUUACAGGAGAAGCUUCAGUUAAAGAUAUAAAAUAUGUGAAAAUUCCCAUUCCUGUACAUGCAUACAAACCUGUAUGUGGGUUCUUAGGAACUAUUAGAUUGAUAUCUGGACUAUACCUUGUGGUGGCGAAAUACAGAAUUUUGGUUGGUAAAAUCAAUGGCCAUGAUAUUUACCAAUUAGCAGGCACUGAUAUCAUACCCUAUGCUCGCUCCACAACUCAUCUUACAAGCAAACAGAUUGAAGAUAAUAAUACUUAUGAACGACUGCUUCGUGCGGCCCUCGAAACACCCGGAAUAUAUUUCUCUUAUGGAUAUGAUCUCACACACACCAUGCAAAGGUUGCAUUCCGUAGCAGCUGAUUUUCAGAAGAUGUCGCUGGCAAGUCGCGCUGACUCCCGGUUCCUGUGGAACGGACACCUGCUCAAGGAAUUCUCUCAGCAGCAGUUCCAGAGAUUUGCUCUACCUCUUAUCCAGGGCUUUGUCGCGGUCAAUCGCGUGACGGUGAACGGUCACCAGCUGACGUGGUCGCUGGUGUCGCGCCGCUGCGUGGAGCGAGCUGGCACGAGGUUCUUCAUGAGGGGUGUCGAUGCUCAGGGCAACGUGGCCAACUUCGUCGAGACGGAGCAGAUAAUCGAGCGCGGCGGCGAGAAGUCCUCGUUCGUGCAGACCCGCGGCUCGAUACCGCUGUUCUGGUGCCAGCACCCGGACCUUAGGUACAAGCCGCCGAUGACGCUGUCCCCGGAGGACCACGUGGCCGCGUACACGAGGCACAUGCGCGACCAGACGCAGCGCUACGGCGGCCAGGUGCUCGUCAACCUGAUCGACCAGCACGGCAAGGAGGAGUCGCUCGAGCGCGGCUACAGGGCGGCCGUGGCGGCGGCCGCGCUGCCCGGGGUCCGCUACGAGCCGUUCGACUUCCACGCGGAGUGCCGCGGCAUGCGCUACGACAGGCUCAACGUGCUGAUGGACAGGAUCGCCCACGAGCAGACGGAGUUCGGCUACUUCCUGUCGCGCGGCGGCACCGUGCUGCUGCGCCAGGGCGGCGUGUUUCGCACCAACUGCGUGGAUUGCCUGGACCGCACCAACGUGGUGCAGUCGAUGCUGGCGCGCAGACAGCUCGCCGCCGCCCUGCGCCUGCUGGCGGUCACCACCGGCGACGACCAGCACCCGCAAUUCGACAGGCUCUUCAACGCGGUGUGGGCGGACCACGCGGACAUGAUCUCGCUCCAGUACUCCGGCACCGGCGCGCUCAAGACGGACUUCACGCGCACGGGCAAGCGCACCCAUCUGGGGGCGCUCCGCGACGGGGUCAACUCGCUGACGAGAUACUACAAGAACAACUUCAGCGACGGCUCGCGGCAGGACUCGAUCGAUUUGCUGCUCGGGAAAUACGUCGUGGUCGACGGCGAGGGCAACACAGUGCCGUGCCCGCUUCGUAGAGACAGAGACUGGAAGUAUGUUACUUUCCCCUCGGUGCUAAUGGUGGCGGUGUCGAUGUUCUGCGCGAGCGCCGUGCUCCCGUCCCGCUACAGCAGCGAGGUGCUGCUCUACCUCAUGUUCUGGGGCGCGGCGGUGGGCGCCACGCUCUCCUUCAUAUUCAGACACGGCAAGGAGUUCGUCGAGUGGCCCCGCCUGGAUGGUGCGGGGCUGGCCCUCGUGGGCCCCCGCGGGCCCCCGCCCUCGUUA